AUGCUGGACGCAGACGCAGCCGAGACCAAGAGUGCGAGACGGCGCCGCAAGAAGAAGCAGCAAGAGGCGGACGCCGAGGACAGCAAGAUUAAUGAGGUUGGAGACGAGCUCGCCGACAUGGCGCUCAAGCAGCAGCAGAUCCAGGAGGCGUUCGACCGGUACAGCGAGCUGCAGAAGCAGCUCGACACGCUAUCAGGCCGCACCGCAAACACGCCGCGCGGCCACACCAUGCUUUAUGACAGGAAGAAGAAGCUCAUCGACGAGAUGGAGAGGUUGCUGCAGACGGCCAAAUCGCUCGGCGAGGCGACGCCUGGCGCCGGCUCGGUGGACGGUCUGAAGGCGCUCGGCGAAAAAUUUUCUGCGGCGGUGAUCAGCGGAGAGGGCGGCGUGGCUGCGGGCCUCGAAGACCAGCUGAGCGCCAUGCAGGCAGAGAGCGUCCGGCGGAGGCAACGGGCUCAGGAGCUCGCCGCUCAGGCGCGCGCGCGGCGGCUAGCGGCGGGGAGUGGCGAUGGUCAGUAGCUGCAGCUGCCGCCUGGCGCCAGAAUUGUCGCACAAAAGAGCGUCGAAGCCGCCGCACGAGUCGGGCCCCACCACAUCGCUCGCGCCGCGGCCGUCUCCUGCUCUUGCGGAGGGGCAUCCGCUUCAACUUCUGAGAACCAGGACCCUUUAUGUGCACUCGUCGCACGCAAGAGCUGCGGAGCUUGCCGACAACGCCAGCUUCAUCCAGCUGCCUUCACAAUGCCUUGGCAAGCGGAUGUCACGAAGGGCCACUUGGGUUGUCACCCGCACCACGCCAGCUGGGGUUGCUGCGAGUGGCGAGGCCCAGGCCAGACGUCGUUGGCGGGAGCGAUGGUACGGCCAGAUGGCUCUGUGACCCAUGCCGCGAGCUACAGGCCCGGUCCCUGCCCAGGCAGCCUCGGCACAUCCCCACUCGGGCCCACACACAUCCCGCACACUCACCUGCCGCCUCGAGCCCGCCGCCCCCGCGCGCGCGCCCCGGCCGGAGAGAGAGAGAGAGCAAGGGAGGCUGCCGGCUGGAGAGUGCCGGGAGUGCACCGAUGAAAGUCGGGAGCGCCGCUGCCGGGUGGGAAGGACGGAAGGGGCGGCGGCGGCGGCGGCGGCAGGCCGUCGCUCACAUGCAGUGGAUGUCAGGAGGAUUGGCACUUGUUACGUGAAAACCCGCUGGGA